AUGAGCACAGGCUUCACACAGUUUACGCAGUCGACAAUCGACCAGCCUGCUGUGCAACUAGACAGUCUCGAUGCGGCACGGACGUUAUUUCAACGAAUAAAGGGCACACCUGGAUCGGAUAGAUACAUUUCACAAUCACUGGAGGCCCUCCACACCUCGUCCCCAUUUUGCGCACUCAAGGCAUUGGACUCCAUAUUGCGAACGGAUGCCUCCAUCCGGCCCCAGAGCUUUGUGGAUAAGACGGUAUUUAAACACAAGCCGACUCAGGAUUUUAUAGACAAGCUUCAACACCUUUCCACAUUUAUAUCCGAGACCUAUGGGCUGCGCGUUGCAAAUAAGGUGUCGUGCUUCUCAAUAAUGGAUACCCUUGCGGACACGUUGAAGGCAGAUACGGCGCGUCUAGAGCACAUCCUGCGGGCAUCUGACGACACAUUAUCCCACUACUUCUCCGAGAAUUACGACAUUAAGGCGCUACUCCACAAGCGGAGAGUUCUCAAUGCGGCCACCUCCAUCUCCCGCUCCAUUCUGGCGCUUAAAUCGACCACCCUGUUAAUUGACCAACUUCUGCACAAGCGGGAUCUCAUCAACGCCAUUGCCAUUUUUCAUCUUGCAGACGUUGCCAUGCGGACAUCCAGGACUGUGCUUGUGGAUGUUGAUACUAUGCGGAGUGGCCUCAAGAGAGAUCACGAGCGGCUAUCCUAUCAGUUAAAGCAUCAGAUUAUGGCUUUGUUCUACGGUAAAGGCACUGCAACAGGAUCCCUCUACACCGUCGCCAGUUUAGCUGGAAGCCCUGCUACGACCACCAAGCAGGGGUCUCCUGGUACCAAUGGAGCAGCUGGGACUCUGUCAUCUUCACAGUCUGGGCAAGAUACUGACGUACUUUCUUCGAUUCCAUGCAUAUCUAGCUCGUAUAGCUUGGGCCUCUAUAGGAUGAUCCAGAAUUUACCAUUUCUCCCACUCUGUACGUUCUUGCGCUCGGUUGCUGCUCGCUCUUAUCAGACAACCGACCUAAUUCAGACCUUUAUAGAUUCACUAGGUGUCCUGAAGAGCUUUGCUUUGGAACGCAAUCCGUUCUUCAACAUUACUCCCUCACAGGAAGCCGUCAUUCGAAACUCUACCAUCGAUACUAUGCCUCCAGAGCUUUAUGGUGUCCUGCUGGGACAGUGUUUUUUGAUGCUGCACGAAUCAGACAUAGCCGCUGGAAGAAUCGGCGACAUAUCGGACUUUCUAAGGGGGCUUCUGGUUGAGAACAUGGAUUCCCGGCUAAUAGAGAUGUACCACAGAGCGGAGCAAGAAUCCAGCUUUGUGGAUGAGGGUCAAAGUUCUACCCUUUCCACCGACAAGAUGUCUUACAUCUCGUCUGCACUUGAUCUCCAUCGAGCAGAUCAUGUACUAAGGCUUAGAAGACUCAUUUUUAGUUCGUCUGGCGGUGUUCAUGUACCAGAGUUCAGAUUAGUAGACACAAAUCCGCUUAAGGAUUUUGCAAAGGUGACUAGACGCUUCUUCCAAAGAGUAUAUUUUUCCAUGAUAAAUGCUACGCUAUUGUAUGGAUCGUUUCUUGUUUCUUAUAGUUUCUAUCUCCAAGCGCUGAAGCAACCGAGUCCUUUUGACAAUCAACAAUCUCCCCCGGUAGGGCUAUCUCUUGCAAAGACAUUGCAGCCUUCGAAAAGCAGGGCCAUUCUCCAGCCAUCUGCAUUCAACAUAGACGCCAUGGUCCCGAUCUCUUCGGUGCCUGUAAUGCCUCCCCAUCCUCCUCUGCAAUCUCCUGGCUCGCCGGCUCAACCUGAGCAUGUAAGCUUCAAGAAGAUUCUUGAAACUCUCUUCUUCAUGCUGGCGGAGACAAAUCCAUCGUCUGCUUUGGAAUUUCUAAAUACAGACGUGGAUUCUUCUCCAUCUGGCGGGUUUUCUGACCCCACUAUGUUUAUGUCCAGCUUCUCUACAAGCACCAAUCAGAAGCGGAUCAUUUCUGCCUCCUUUUCUUCCGCGGCCUCUGCCGGAAAAUUGGUAUCCAUAAAGGCUAAUGAGCAGCUCCCGUUCAUCAAUACCAUCUUUGCUUUAGAUGCCAGGUAUCCAUUUAUAGGAUAUAAUGAUAGUCUCAAGCAGUUUUUAGGCGCAUUCUAUGAUGCAGCCAUCCGUCGCUUGGCCUACUACUGCUCAAUGGUCAUCAAGAGCUCUGGCUACGCUAAGUCGUCUGCGCAGAUGCAUCAGCAAACGCAUGGUGAUAAGCUCACCAUUGGCGGGCACGAUGGUGUGUACGCUGCUGCGGGAUCAUCUGCUUCUGACCAGGAUGGGCGAGUUUUAACGGAUACUGCGACCAGUUCUUUGUUCAGCCUUUCAUGGGUUCGAUCCCUAUCGCUCUAUUCAUCGUCUCCGGGGGUUUCCAAGGCUCUGAGCUCCGUCAAACCCAAUAACUGGAACGCGCUUCUAAUUGAGAAUCACCUUCUUUCUUUCUAUCAUUGCGCUGUCAUGCUCACCAAUGUAAUAGAGAUCAAUCCAAUAGAUGAAAUAUUUACUCAGUUUUUCUCACGAUUAUUGGACAAUUAUACUUCGUACAUAAACAGCAAUGUCAACAAUCUCUUUGCUUUGGUCUCCCUUCAGGAUCUCGAGCUGGGACUUUACACCACCAACUCUCGAGUCUACGGGUUGGGGGUCCUCUCUUCUUUGACCAGCUUACAGCAGCCUGAUGAUGAUGUUAGCUGUUACUCUACUUGUGAGGCGCCGUCUGAACUUACCGACGCCUUUACAUCUACUACGGGACUUCUGCGCGUUGAAUCUUCUUACUCUUUGGCUCGUGCUCUCCUGGGUGAUGAAAGAACUGUCAUGUCUGAUAGACCUGAACUUACCGCAUACAAGCUUGCACAGUAUACACUGCGUUUUCUUAAUGAUAUGAUGGCGUUUUCAUCGAUGUCAAGCAAGUACUAUGAAGCGAACUCUGCUCUAAUUCUUAGCACCAUCUGUAACACGUUCUUGAACAUGAUUUAUAUGCGCUUGCACAUACACUAUAAAGCCCUCUAUAGCUAUGCUCUAUUCUUCACACCUGCUGGUAAUUCUCCCAUCGAAGGCUCUACUGUCAGCGGGUAUGAAGCUCUUCUGGAUGAUUAUAUUGGUUCUGCAGCCAUUACCAGCGAUAGAAUUGCAAGCCUGGACAAGGCACUGGGACAGCACGGGAUCGAACAGUAUGCCAGUGUGUCCUCGUUCUACAGUCUGGGGACGUUUGCCAUUCUCGAUGAAAUUAUUGACACCAGGCAGACCAUGGACGGGGUCUCAACUCUUGUGGGUGUGGGACGCAGCACACCGGGCUCAUCAGUCAUCUCAAGACGUUCCUCUGCUGCACACUCUUUUACCUUAAACCCAAUAACUGCGCCGUUUAGACAAAGCAGAACCAUGGAGGGCUGUGAGAGGCCUGUCAAGACACGAACGCAUAGCAGACAAUCAUCCAGCCUGCAGAUCCUUGAUGCAGAAGUAGAGCGUGCUAGUUUUAAUUUUGCACUCGAUGGACACAACGGGGGUAUUGGCGAAGAUCUUAGGGAACCAGAACAAGCCUCUAUUAAGUGUAGUCAGAAUCAAUCUGAAGGGGAUGCUCUUCUAGAAAAACUACCCACUGCGGUCCUUGUUGAUGGAGGUAUGCUUGAGCACGCCUUGUACUGUCUUCAAGGGUGUAUCCUCGUGUAUGAUUAUUUGAAGAAAUUUACACCAGUCCCACCUUCAUCAGACCAUGUAUGGUAUUCGCGAUUCGAGCUUACGAUAAAGAAGAUCGUGCAUUUUAUUAUAUUAGAAUGGAGGCUCUAUGUCUCGGUUCAUAUCCGUCAGGGAUUUGACGAAGACCUGAACGCGCCUCCUGAACAUGUGCAGCUGGGAGCACAGUCUCCUGUGUCAGCAGGGUACAAUAGCUUUGUCUCUAGCAUAAAAGCGCUCCGAGUACUAAGCGAGCGGCCGGACUUUAAGUGGAUUAUGAAUUAUGACACCCUCUUGUUUGAUCACAUCUUCUAUACCGUGGAGCGGGUCUUUAUGGAAAGACUCAAUAGGGUUUCAUCAUCUGUGCUUAGACACGACCAAAUGACGCGUAUGGCGGCAGCACUGCAAUACAUUUCUUCUAUCGCCACCGGCCCCGCGUCUUUCCGCUCUGUCUUCCAAAAGCUGCACAGCCUCUGUGCAGGAUGA